AAAGCCCAUAGGUGAUCAACUUUGCUUUUCUGCUUAUAAUUGUCGUUCGUUAAACCCUAGCAGAUCACGUUGACUGGCUCGUCUUCGAUCUCAAACCGAACCAGAUUCAGACUACCAAUCGAAACAGGGUUGGAAAACUAGUUACAAUGUAUCUUCAGUUUUAUAUAAACGAGAACGGCGACAAAGUCUACACUACCAAGAAAGAAUCACCACUGGGAUUGGCAACCGAAUCUGCACAUCCAGCUCGCUUUUCUCCAGAUGACAAGUACUCUAGGCAAAGAGUUCUCCUGAAGAAAAGAUUUGGGUUGUUGCCAACCCAGCAGCCGCCACCCAAGUAUUGAACUAAUGACUAUGCUUCAAAAUCGUGGCCGGCAUUGUUUAGGAGCUUUUAUGAAUAUGGAGCUUCCCAUUGCAUGCCAAGGAGUGUUCUAAAGUAUUUCCAUCAUGUGACCGAAUUUGGGUAUAUUUAUCUAUGCGGCCUCUAUUUUGUAGUGUGCUAGUUGCAGGCUGAAAUAUACUGUAUGAAUCGGUUCUACUUCUACCCUGCUCUCUAAAUUUUGGUCUUAUUUUUCUUAAAAUUUGUUUGCUUUGCUUGUAAUU